AGGAGGGAAGCAGUCAGAAGUGAGCUGGAGGGCAAGCGAGGGAGUGUAGGAAAAUAGGAGAUAGGGUCCCAGAAGAGAGUACAAUCCUCUCCCUCUCUUUCUCUCUCCCUCUCUCUCUCCCUCCCUCUCUCUCCCACACACACACACAACCUCAUACAAAAGCAACCACAAACACGUUUACAUCGGCUCCCCCUGUUGUACUCUGAGGAAUAGUGGAUUACUUUCCAAACUGAAGCACUCGUCGAGUAAACCCAGGCAUGGUCAGGUGGCAGUGUGUCGGGGUGGCGUUGAAUUGUGAGAUGAACCAUGGAGCGAUGCAGGACGCCGGCCACUAGCCAAGUCAGUGACCGCACAACUGUCAGCAGGAGGAGCAGCAGCAGCAGCAACCAAGGAAGUCCCCGCAGUAUGCAACUGGGCCCUCACUAGCACCAAGUGGGACCUGGUCGGUCCUCUUCCUCUGCACCUGGGGCCAGGGCUGCAGAAUGCUCAGUCCUGUCACCCCAUACAGUCUGUUGAAGAUGCACUGGUCUCCGGAGCACGCUGCCCCCUUAUCUCAGUGGCCUGAGCAGCACCUAGAUGUCACCUCUACCACCUCGCCCCCAUCUGCCCACAAACACGACCCCUACAACACAGCUGCACGCCGCAGCUUUGCCCCCACAGGUUAUCCGUGGGCCAGUGAUGACAUAUCAGCCCUUACUGCUUCUUCCCUGCUCAAACGCUACGCUGAAAAGUACUCAGGCCUGGAGUUGUCCUAUGAACGCCCGAGUGCAGGGGCAUACACUGAGCCUGGGACUUUCCUGAAAACAGAACCUGAGCCCUGGGCAAUAGGACAGGGCAUGGACUGUUACCCUGGGCUGGAGGCACUAAGUGGCAGCAAGGUGGGCUCUGCUUCUGUAGGGAUCCCAGCAACAGGAAGUGUAACAGUAGUGGGUGGCAACUUGGCAUCUGACCCAGGCUACAGUGGUGCUGGUAUCUGCAGUGCCCCAUCAUCUCAGGAUUACCCUCCGGCCUACAACAGCACCUACCUGUCCUCAGGAUACUGCCCUUCGUCAAGUGCAGCACUUCCACCUGCCCCUCUACACUCUUUGCAGGCAGCACCUACUCUAGUGCCCAGCUACAGCGCUAGCACUCCUGUCUACAACUACCCACCAGGAUGCUACCCACAAACCAGCCUGUCCUCUGGAUACAGCCACCCCAGUGCCUCCUACCUGGCCUCGGGAAUUAGCGCUCCCACUCCUCUGGCACCCAGGCCUACAAUGGUCAGCAGUAGUUACAGCUACCCAUCCCACAACCUUGGAGGGAGCUCUGAAGCAGGGGUGCCAUUGAAACGUAAGGCCUUUGAGAUGACAGAGGAAGGACAGGAGGGAGCAGAGGGUGAGGGAUCCCGCUACCGAAAGUUUGGCAACGGAAUCAGUCACAGCAAAGGGCACGGUAACGGGCAUGGCCCUGGCUUCGAUAUGAGUGGCUCAGCGUCAGAUCCACAGGCCUACAAAUCUGGAAAGCCCCUGACAUCACCCUCUUAUGGCGGGGCGGGGGACUACAGCCCACCAACAGGUCUAGCUGGGGAGAGCGCAUCAGCAGAGCACAACUUUCCUCAGCAGCAGAGAGUGUCUAUGAAGAUAUCUGCAUCUCACACAAGAUCCGAGGACCCUAGUGGGGGGCGCUGAUAUUCCCUCACCCCUUAUAACCAACCAGGGUUCUUAGCCCAGACAGACUUGGGCUAAGAACAUCGGAUUUGUCUGUGAAAUGUUUCAUUUCCCUAACAAACACAAGAGGGCACAAGUCUGGCAUUUCUUGUGCAUGUUUAAAAUGUUCAUUACUCAUGUUUUUUUUCCAAAGAUUGAGGUUGAGGUAAGUUUUAGAAGUGAGGCUGAGGCUUUCUUUACAGAGAUAGCAUCAAGACAGUCAAAGUGUAUGAGUGUCUGUUUCUCUCAGGAUCCUAUUUAUUUCCUUUCUGCUACUGUGGCAGCAGCACUGCAACGUUGCUGUUCUAGAAGUUGGUUUAAUAAUUUGCGGCCAUUAUGUAUGUAACAGGCCUUUGACUGCAAUAUGUUCUAUCACACCACAAACAAAGUAAUAAUCAUUAUUGACCAAAAAGUAAAGAGAGCAAUAAGUGAAAUGGUGAGAUUGCUAUAGUACUUCAGCACAAUCACUGCUACACAGCUGACUCACUCGGCCUUGAGAAAUGAAAGUUUCUCUGCUUAUGUGUUCCCCUUUUACUUAUUCUUUGCUUUAUUUUUGCUUUUUUCCAUUUGCUAUUUAAUUUCUACCCUGGGGCAACCCUCCUCUUCUGCUCAGCCUACGUCACUGCUGACCAGACAUUAUUUUUGUCCACUUUAUACAUAUCAAGCUGCUUAGAUGGAAAUAUUUACAUGGUAGUAUACGUUGAAGCCGCCCUUUAGAUCUUUUACAGUUUGUUGUAAAGAAUGAGUGGGAAACUAGCACAAGAUUUUGUGUUUGGUAUACAUAAAAUCACAGCAUAUAUAUGCAGAUCAUCGUGUUGUUUACAUACAGAUGUCUGCUGAUCCUAAAAGUAACCGGUAUCAUUUCUUUAGAAUAUGUGACUAAUAUAACCUGGCCCAGACUUAGCCUUGAUAAUGAAAAUAUGACAAGGUUGAACGACUGAACAAAACAAAACUUAACAAAAAGUCUGCACAUUAUAUAAUUCACUUAGCAGCAGUUAAAUGUGCAUCAAGGCUUUCUACUAGUGAAACUGAGAGGCAUGCAGGCCUCUUGAGUGAGUGCCUCGGAUCAUUUUUGCUCAUCAUUACAUUCUUUUAUGAAGAUUUACCUGCCUGUCUGCCUGGAUUUACUUUUUGAUAUAUGCAUUCUCUUUUACUUUUGCCUCUCAGAAGGAUGAUUUAAAUACUCAGGAAAACUUUUGUUACCUCAGUGAUAAAAUAAGAAUGUAUGUUAUUACCUAAGGGUGUUUGUAGGGAGCUUUAUGGAGCAAGAUGAAAACAGAGCCACGGCUAGGACUUCAGGGAAACUCUCAAAGGCCUUUCAAUAGUAUAUAAAACACACACAUGCAUGCACAAAAACUAUCCGCGCGGCUUCUUAGCUCUGGGAGACUUGAGGUUUUUGUACCAAGGCCUGAAAUGUUGAAUGUAAUUCAGAUAUUUUUUUUAAAAGGAUAAUACAUGCCAUAAUGUACAUCGAUGAUGUUUUAGAUAUAUGAAACAUAUUUUCUUCAUGUAUAGAUGUAAUUCUCUUAUAGGUUUUGGUGGAGAAAUGGAUGACAUGUUAAGUGUUAGCGUAGUUAGCAGUGGGGGAAAUGGUGUUUGCGGACAAACUGACAAAAGAAAGCACUCCUGGUUGAAUCAUUUAGACAUCUCAAGACACACACACAUGCCCUAUGAUAUGUACUCUAUGUCUUAAUAAAGUAUCCAGUUUCCCAUUGCCGACGUCAGUAUUCUAAAAUGACAAGGUCAGCCUGAAUUUGGCUCUAACCUGAGCCAACACCACACAGGAGGGAAGAGAUAAAUAUGAAGCGUGUGCAUGGUUGCACCUCUAAACCAUGUUGUAGCUUUUCCCAUCCCUUUAUAAGCUGUGCCAUACUCUUCUUCGUGCAAAUUAAUUAAGAACCUUGGAACAAAACGGAGCUCAGGUGGCAGAUGAUAAAUGCAGCCACAGAUUUAAUAAAUCAAAACAUAUUUUAACGCCUCCUUUUGGAGUGUGCACACAUUUGUAAAAAAAAAUGUGGUUUCAGUUUGAAAAUAGAUCCUCAUCCAAAAAUAAGAUGUUUAAAGAUAAUGUGAUUUGUUAAGCAAAUUAAAUUGAUGUUUUAUCCCCCAUCCCAAACAACCAGGUUUUACAAGUAUUUAAGCGCUUAGCUUUAACAAAUGAAUGCUCUUCAGUGCCCACACACACACAGAAUGUGCUCCAUGUCAGAACUACACAAGUAUUUGCUGUUUCUCUGUAUUAUUACUCUUGAUUCAGUGAAGGAGUCAUUUGUCAAUUUGUCCCGUGGAUGGAAAAUUGGACUUCUGCGUUAUCUUUGUUAUUCAGUUGUUGUCUCUUGUACAUUCUCUGUAACCAUUUCUACCUCAUUUUGAAGACAUUGUACAUGGAAGUAUUUAUUUCAUGUAAUUUCACAUGCCAGUUUAAGGAGCAACAGUUCUAAAUCUUGACCCGUUAUAGUCUACCUCACUAAAGACUGUUGUGUCAUGGAAGUGAAGAUAUCAUACCAAAAAAAAAAAAAGAAGAAGAAAAUCCUUGGCUUUGUCUUUUUGUCUGUGGAAAAGUAUUUGAUGUUUGUGCGUUUUUAUCUUUCACUAAAUGAUACUUUGACGAGAACCCAA